AUGUCGGAACAACAACAACAACAACAACAACAACAUGAAUCAUUGAGGUCUAUUUUGGAUAAUGAUCUCUACAAAUUCACCAUGCAAUAUGCAGUGUUGAAGCAAUAUAAACGAGAUAUUCCUGUCGUAUAUCAAUUUACCAAUCGUGAAAAGGAGCUUCGAUUGAACGCAGAAGCUUACAAUUGGCUGACAAAGCAAAUCAAUGAUAUGGAGAACCUUCGACUGACGGAAGCUGAACGUGAAUACAUGUCAAAAUUAACGUUUUUCGAUCAAGACUAUAUCGAUUAUUUAUCCAAAUUUCGCUUCAGACCACGUGAGCAGGUCAGGACAAAGUUUGACGAAGCCACUUGUGAUAUGGAAUUGGAAGUGAUAGGUCAAUGGCAUGAAACUAUUCUAUAUGAGGUGCCUCUCUUGGCUCUGAUAUCUGAAGCUUAUUUCAAGUUUACCGAUCGCGAUUGGAAUUACGAUGGGCAAGUAGAGAAUGCUGAAAAGAAGACAAGAGCUUUGGUAGAACAUGGCUGUGUGUUUUCAGAAUUUGGUACGCGUAGACGACGUGAUUUCAAAACACACGAUUUGGUGAUGGAUACACUUGUAAAGACAAAUAAAGAGGUGCAAAAGGAAUUGAAAGAUAAGAAAAAAGGAAAUGUGUCGGGUACAAGUAAUGUGUAUCUUGCCAUGAAGUACAACACGGCAGUCAUUGGCACAGUAGCUCAUGAAUUCUUUAUGGGCAUUUCUGCUUUGGAAGGCCUAGAACAUGCCAAUCAUAAAGCACUUACUAUUUGGCACGAUGUUUUUCACGGUAAUCUAUGUUAUGCUCUUACCGACACUUUCACCACGGAUGUCUUCCUCAAGGAUUUCGACAAGGGUCUCGCCAGCAAAUACGGUGGCGUGCGCCAUGAUUCGGGCAGUCCCUUUGAUUUCAUGUAUAAAAUGGUGGAUCACUACACAUCAUUGGGUAUUGAUCCCAAGACCAAAAUGCUGAUUUUCUCCGACUCUCUAAAUGCCGAAAAAGCCAUUCAGCUCUAUGACGAAGCCCAAAAAGCCAAUAUCAAUGUCACCUUUGGUAUCGGCACUUCACUUACGAAUGAUUUCCACAAAGCCAGUGAUAAGAGUGUGAAGAGUAAAGCUUUGAAUAUUGUCAUCAAAUUGAAGGAGUGUAAUGGAAAACGCGUCAUCAAGUUGAGUGAUGAUGCUCUGAAGCAUAGUGCAGAUGCUGCUACCAUCGCAGCUUUUAAAAAGGAAUUAGGUAUUGCUAUCUAA